AGAAAAUCGAGCGGAAGAGAAUAGAAGAGGAAAUAGAAAGAAAUUUUGAACUUGAAGUAUCAUAUAGAAUGUAAAAGAUAAAUGAUAGAAAUUUACAAAUGAAGUAUUCAGUGCUUGGUUUUUAUAUUUUACCAUGUGUUAUAACAUGUGCCCUGUGUCCGCUCCUGUUUCCUGUCUAGCCCUAACUGUUAGAGUUCAGAACACCGAUCUCAGUCUCUGUAAUAUGAAUCAUUUAUUUCAAACAUAUUGGGUUUAUAUACCAACCAAACAGACCACAUCACAACCUAAAAUAGAAAAUAACACUUGUACAAGAUUUAGCCAAAUAUGGUUGUGAAUGUGUGAGACUGUAAUUGAUAAACUAGUAAUAACUCAAGAAUAGUAAAUCGUAUAACAGUAGUCCGUGAGGUCAAAAUAAAGCUUAUGAUAAGUGGAACACAAAUAUGAAUAGUUUAGUUACUUAACAAUUAUACUAUAAAAGUAUAUGUAUAGUAUUAGUCCAGAAAUAGAUUCCGACUAUACUCAUCGGGAUAUAACACUAAGAUACUAUAUAAUUUCAUAUUAAAAUACAUUGCUUGUCCCUACUUCUAUUCUCAUUCAAAACAUUAUAACUGUAAAUCUUCCAUUAACUGGUUCUAGUCUCAAUAUAAGUGACUAUCCAUUGUAUACAACUACAUACAUACAUACAACUACAGACAUAACCACAAAACGAUAGUUAAACCAUUAAAACAAUUGUUUGUUAAAUGAAUAAUAAGUAUUCAAUAAUCUUAAGUUCAAUAAAAUAUUGUUAAUUAAAACAAUUGGUUACACAAACCUGUUCCACAUAGAUACAAACAUCUGGAUGCACAAUUAGACUAACUUACAUUAGAAACUUAUAAUAGAUCUAUAAUGUAUGAAGAUUUCCAUAGAUAUUUGAGUACAUCUAUAAGCAUACAAAUACAUGCACUCAAGUUACAUGAUUCAUAAAUAUAAAUUACUGAUGAAAAAGGCAUUAUCCAUUGUUUAUUCUAUCAUUUCCGCUUUUUACCUGAACAACAAUUUAAUUAAAUAAUAUUACAAGUCAAAUAGCAAAGUUACUGAACUGUUGAAUAGAUUAAAUACUUACUGACAGAGCCAACGCAAAGUAAAAAGAAACUCUGAGCAACAAAAAUAAGGACAUAACUGUUUUUGUGAUAAGUGGAAUUUGUCUGUCCAACUACUACUACUACCCCCUUCAUGUCAUUCUGACGACUACUAACAUACUAAUAAUUGUCUAUUGCUUGAUGUGUGUGUACCUCUACGUGACCUUCAGGUGGUAACCAAUCAAAUCUAUCGCUUUUGAUUAAGUGGUAGACGAAGUUUGUGAUUGUUGAUUAUUCAAAUCUCAAAACCAAUAGUAUUAUUUAUCGUACAUACUGAAAGUCUAUUGUAUGAUAAUGACGAUGAAGGACGAAGUUGUCGUUCCCCCUGGUCUAAGGGAAUUAUUACAAGAAUUAACUGUGUCUAUACUGCGAGAACACCCUGAUAAUUUAAUUCAGUUUGCUAUUGAUUUCCUAAUGAUGAAGAAGGCGGCAUCAGAAAAUCGUCCAAAUAAAACAACUGAAAGUGAAGAUGAAGAUGAGGAACCUAUGCCUAUACCUCCACAAAGAGCUACUCGAAGAGCUGGUGUAGCUGCGGAAAGUUAUGAUCCAGAAAAAGAUGAUACUUCAAAUGUAGAGAAAGUUGUACAUCCUAAAACAGAAGAACAACGUCGAAGAUUAGCUCAAGCCACUAAAGAUAUUCUCCUUUUCCGAUGUCUUGAUGAUGAUCAAAUGAAAGAUGUUAUUGAUGCCAUGUACGAACGUCAUGUAUCACCUGGUGAAAAAGUAAUUACACUUGGUGAAGAUGGUGAUAAUUUUUAUGUAAUAGAAAAAGGAGUUUAUGAUAUCAUUGUGAAAGUUAGUAAUGAAGAAAAAACUGUUGGAAAAUACGACAAUAAAGGGUCUUUUGGUGAAUUGGCACUGAUGUAUAAUACACCACGAGCUGCAACCAUUUUAGCCAAAACUGAAGGUGUAGUUUGGGUAAUGACACGUGAAGUUUUUCGUUCAAUUGUACUGAAAAAAGCAUUUGAAAAACGUAGAUUAUAUGAAGAACUACUUAAUCAAGUACCAAUCCUAGAAAGUCUCAGUGCUUAUGAACGCAUGAGUAUUGCAGAUGCAUUAAGAACAAAAAUCUUCAAAGAUGAUCAACAAAUUAUCAAACAAGGUGAUCCAGGUGAUGAAAUGUUCUUUGUUGAAGAAGGCAAAGUACGCAUUAAAAUGAAAAGAAGCGGAGAAACAGAAGAAAAAGAAGUAGCUGUUAUUGAAAAAGGUGGUUAUUUUGGUGAAUUAGCUUUAUUAACAAGUCAUCCACGUGCUGCUUCAGCAUAUGCUGAUGGUCAUACUAAACUUGCUGUAUUGGAUGUUGGCAGUUUUGAACGUUUACUUGGUCCUUGCUUAGAUAUACUCAGAAGGAAUAUUGACGAUUAUGAAGCUAAACUAAAAAAUAUUUUUGGUAGUUUAGAUAAAGUACCAGAAUUAAGACGUUAAUUAUGAAUUACUUUUGAUGAUUAACGUCUUGAUUUACGUCUUGAUUUACAUGUGAUCGUCGAUUACUAUAAUAAUUAUUAUUCUUAUCGUAUUUACACUGUUCUUUGUGUUCAACCGAAUGAUCCAACUUUCAUGGAUAUUCAUAUUCUUUGAUUAGUGAAAGGAGAUGAGUCAGAUCAUAGUGAGUACAGUAUAUAUUUUGUUUUUAUUUGCUUAUAUAUAUAUAUAUAAUUUAAAACAAAAUUAUGUACAUAUACGUAUUUUCCUCUUUUUUUGUUGUUGUUGGUUGUUUACUUAAGUGGUAAUCUGGAAUCUACAUGUUUCCAUGUAAACCGUUACUCGAUUUUUUUCCAAAUUGUUUCAACUGUUUUUAAUCCUUUCAUUAAGUAACUCGUAAUUUUAGUCACUAUUAACAUUACUAUUAUUAUUAUUAUUUUGGAUAUUACUUGUUCACUGAUCAUCACUAUCAUUCAUAAUAUUGGUAUUAUGCACAAAAAAUUGACCAUCAUACAAGACUAUGUGUAGAUUGUAUUAGCUCAAUUCUAUAUCCUAGUAACACAAUAAAAUUCUAUCUUUUAUUCAUAUGUAUCGUUUUUUGAUGAUCAUUUACACUUUAUUACUAUGGUGAUGGCUGAUAUUCACUGUAAUGAGCAUUGUUACCGUACAUAGAUAUAGAAAAGAAAAGAAUUUCAAGUAAUUCUUUCUUAGUUACUCUUUUUUUUUUCAAUCAAUUGCUUACAUUUCAUUUCUCAUGUACCAUAUAACAUGUGCAAAUAGUAAGAGAGUUGAACUGUUAUAUCCAAAAAAUACGCUGGUAUUACUUAUCUUAUGAGGCAUGGACAUAUAUAUUGGUAAAACAAAUACACAUAAUACAUUCAUCCUUCGUUACUACUAAUAUCUGUAUCAUUUUGAUUACUUGUACUUGUGAGGGGGGGAGGGCUACCCGAUAUUUUUCAUUUUUGUCAUUCUUUUUUUCUUUCUGAGCUCAUUGUUUUCUUUCUCUUUGUUUGUUUAUUCUGCUGUCCUUUAUGUUUUUUUCUUCUCAUUAUUCUCUUAUUUUCUUCCAUUAAUCCUUUAUAGAUAAUCAGUGAAAACAAAAAGAUAUAUCAUCAAUUAUUUGUUUUGAUGUAUCCGUGUUCACGUUCUUGUUACUGAUUAAUCUGGGUAGUAAGGUUUUAAAAUAUACUUGUAUAAUGAAUUAAACAAUUGAGUUAAGUAAUUCAUAUAUAUUGAUUAUGUGUUAGAUUCUUAUGUUACUUAUAAAUGGUUAUAUUUCUGUGUUCAAAUGGAAGUAGUUUGAGUCAAGUUUCAAACUUGUAACUGAAUGAAUAAAAGGAAUGCGGCCCUUGCUUUGCCAAUCCUCGCCUUUACGUCUGCAUCUGAACCUCCUUGUUCAUCGAUGAUGCUUCCCAGGUACGUGAAAGAUUCUAUAUCUUCCAGAAAUCACCAUCAUAAUUAGCAAUUAUUAAUAAUUUAUACCUAUUGAAUAAACAACAUGUACUUUCAGCAUCUCUUGUAAUAACCGAUAACCUAGAUUUAAGAGGAGGGUACAGGUUGUUAUACUGAUUAGCAAAACAUAAGGGCUAAUACUAAUAAUGUACAUCAUAGAUUUAAACAUGUAGGCGGAUAAAUAAAUAGAACUGAACAGUAAAAUACAAUUCCGUACGAUAUAUAUAUAUUGUCACAUUACUCGGUAGAAUAAUGAAAGAACAAAGUAGCAGCAUAAAAAGUGCUUAGAAUGAAAUGACAACAUCAAUAAGUAAUGAAGAGACAAAAGUGAAAGGUUACCUGAUGAGGAAAGCACCCAACUGUGUCACAAGGCAAGCUCUCACCUGGAAUUUUCAAGGCCAAAGAACACAUUACGCCGAGAAAUUGAGACAGAUGUGAGGAGAAUGAACAACAAUUGGAUAGAACUAGAUAGGAAGGCUCAGGAUAGAGUGGGUCGGAGAAUGGUGGUCACCAGCCUAUGCUCCAUUGGGGGUAACAGGCGUAAGUAAUUAAUGGAAUAUUGAUAAAACUAGUGAUUCAAUGGUUAACUCAAAAAUAAAUUGAUCUCCUGUUAUAUCCCGACUACAUCAGUCGACGAAUAUUUAAAGUACAGUAAUCGUUUGUAAAAGUAUAGCAGUUCAUUUUGCCAUAUUUCACAUCAUACUUAUAGAUAAAAGAUAAUAAAUAAGUAGCAUGAAGGAGGUCAAUAUGUGGAGAAACAAAAAUGAAUGAACUAAUAUUUAGAAAAUGAGGUUGUCAACUGUUUAUACAAUCUUCGAUUACACCAGUCAUUGACACAAGUCAAACUUGAUAAUGAAGGUUUAAGCUUCAUAACGUAUAGUUCAGUUAUACUUGACACCACUAUCUUGUAACCUCAACCGUUUAUCACACCCCUUUCAGAUCUCAUCACAGUCCUCUAGAAAAAAAAGUUCAUAUUGUUGACUACCAAUUUUAAGACUAUAGAAGUAACCAUUUAAUGCAAUAAGAUAUAGUAUAUACAUUAUUUUCUAAGGAUACCGAUUAACCAACCUAAAUAUAAUUUGAAUGCACAAAAAAACCGAAUUAAAUUGUCAACAUAUUGAUACAAACAAAUAGAGAAAUUGAUGUGGUAUUCUAAACCAAAUGUCAGUCAUACAGUGUACACGUGUGCAUCGGUUCAAGUUAUCGUACCCCCAUUACUACACUUAGAUAAAAUUGUCAUAGGAAAUCAUACAGUAGUG